UAUAAGGUUUUAGUUUUUAAAAACAAUAGUUUUUCAUUUGUGCUAUCGGAUAAACGAUUUCUUCGAGGUACAAUUAUUUGUUAUCCUGUACUGAAAAGUCACAUUCAGAGUGCGUACUCAUUAUCUUAGAUAAUUUACAAAAUAUACUACUUUUUUAUCUGAGAUACAGAUAAAGAUGUCAUAUAUUUUAAUUAUUUAGAUAAAGAUAAAAUAAAACAAUUAUUACAUCUAGAUGAACAUCUAGAUAAUUUUAUCUAGAUAACGGAAAACACUGCGUGUGUGUAAACGUAAUUUGCUCAAGUACUACAUGUAUCUAAACGUUGUGUGUGUGUGUGUUCUCUAUAUCAAGGAUAGAUUAGCUCUCAUUAGUUGUGUUAUCAUCACCGACCAGUAUGCUCUUGACACUCAUCGAGGAAAGAGUUUUUUGAAACUAUGAGUUGUUUCUGGUUCGGAGAGCAAUUAACGUAUUUUGAGAAAAAAAAGUUCAAAGUGCUUUCAACAUCAUUGUGAUAUAUAUCAAACCGCGCAAAAGAAUGAUCUCUUAUCGGCCCUGGGGCUCGACGGAAGAUGGAAGAAUAGAGUUCGAGUCCUUGACAGAUGAGACUCUGAAAGGUGCUCUUGAUGUAAUAAGAAAGGGCUUCUUUCCCUAUGAAUCCGUGUGUACUGCGGUGGAAUUGAAUUCCGAACCCGGAGCGUCCGAAGAACUCGAGAAGCUCUGCUUGGGCGCGGCCAGAGACGGCGUUAGCGUAGUGGCCGUCGACAUCGUCACCAAUGAGGUUGUUGGUGUCGCCUUCAACAAAAUACAAGUAUUGAACAACUCCGAAAAGAGCUACUUCGAACAAUUCAGCGACAACUGUCGGUGCAAGUCGUCGAAGUAUCUGAUAGAUUUUAUGAUAGACGUGGAUUCAAAGAAGAAUCUCUUCGAGCACUACGGCGUCGACUGCAUCCUCGAGAUCAUGUUUCUGGCAAUUUUGCCGACUUACCGCAAACGGCGAUUAGGCGAAUUGCUCGUCGCCUCGUCGAUGGAAGUGGGGAGAGAACUGAAAAACGGCAAGAAGGACGUUAAGAUACCCAUUACGGUCGACGGUCUCCGCGAGCUGACGAACGCCGAGGUAGUACCUAGUUUGAUCUCUGCCAUUAUGACGUCGAACUAUUCACUGAAAAUUGCCAUGAAACUUCGCUUCAAUCAGUUGUUGCAAGUUUCCUACGAAGACUAUGAGUUCAACGGGAAGAAGUUCAGCGAGAGAAUAAAUCGGGAACAUCGAUUUUGCACCUUAGUGGCGAAGAGAAUCGCCUCGACCUCUAAAUGAGGAUUGGACGAGUAGUAUAAUCGCGUCUUAAUCUUCGAUUUUAGAUUAUUUCGAGUCGAUUUUUAUUUCAACAUCUUUGUCUUUCAUAAUUAAUAUUUUAAAGGAAAUAUUUUAUUUUAUAUAUUAAUAUUAUAUUUUAUUAGAUAUUUUAAGACAUUAUCUUUUUCUUGAACGUUGGCUACAAUUAAGCAUGUAAUGUUAUUGUUAUUAGAAUUUUUAUUAUAAGUUAUAACUGAUUAUGUAUGUAGAAAAAAGGAGAUCUAUAAUUCAUUGAGCGUGGAUCACAUCAGGUCCAUUCUCAAGUAUUAAAUUAAUUAACAAUUAUACAAAAAAGAGAUUCAAAGUUUAAAACAAAAAUAAAAUUCAAUAAAAGUCCGGUAAAAGCCUGACACGAGAUGUUAACGGAUAAUAAUCACUUUUAUAAGUCGAUAUCUCGUUUGCGUCGCUCGUGAAAGUGUUUUGAAUCUAAACGCAAAACGUUUUAGAACGACAAAAUUACUACGUGUUUAAUCUAUUCAAAUGUUGUUGUCGUAUCUUUUGUUAAAUGUUUGUUGAAAAAUAAAAAUCCAAUACAAUA